AUGGCUAUCAAAGCCAUCAACGAUACAGCUAGACUUAAUAGCCUAGUUCCUACACUCUUCGUUUUUAAGACCUUAUUAAGGCUAACGAAACAAGAUCGACUUGCCGCGUCUACCCAAGAGCGUGCUGCUGCUAUUAACAAGGCUAUAAGGGAAGUACGAAAAUGCUACGCUGCAAAGCAAGUUAAGGACGCGCUUAAGAAAAGGAAUGGGCCAAUUACGGAGCAUACCUUAGACCUCUCUAUUGGUUUACGGGUACUCGUGUGGCGGGAAAACCAAAGUAUCCCGACCGUGCUCGACGAAAAGGAAGGCGAUUCCUACGUUCUAUUCACCAAGGACUCCGAGGUGUUGAUUACCGACAAGGAACGCCGGGACCAUGAGCUCUCAGCUAAGCUACGAGCCGAAGGAAUCAUCAAGAGCCCCGAGGCACUAUUUUAA